GAAAGAUUUACAGUUAUGAUUAAGGAAGUAGAGAUACAUCAAUUGCUCAAUCGGGUAAGGAUAUGUGGACGAGCAUUGAAGGAAGGGACUUGGAGGAGAAGGGAGACACACAGGAGUUCCCUCUUGAGAUAGUUUUUCAUGUGAAACCCCUCUUGCUUGGCCAAAAUCUUGUAGCAAAAAAGGCUGUGAAGAUGGAGGCAUAUGUUAGUCCCACCAUGGGAGAUGUCAAGGAGAGGAAAACUGGAUUCAAAGAGAAGAAAACUCUUCAUGGAUGUGGCUUUGAUGGAGGUUUCACCAACACCAAGCACAAAAAGCUGAAAAAUGGCAUCAAAGUUGUGAUGUUUGAUGCAACGAGAUAGCAAAAUGGCUCAACAAAGCUCCAAAAUUUUGUUAAAGUAGCAAAUCCAAGCAAGAUGAAGCUGCAACAUUGAAGGAGGAGCUGAUCUUCUAAAAGAGAUGCUUUAGCAGCAACAAAAAUCAAAACCAAAGCAUAAAGAACUGUACAAAUG